GCUCCCCCUGCACCCCUGCAGCACCCCCUGCAGCACCUGCACCCUCUGCAACCCCCUGCAGCCCCGGGAGCGCGUCCGCAGAGAGAGAAUCACGGUCCGGGGAGCAAGAUGCCUCUAGCACGCAAUUCCAAGGUUACGAGCGGCAAAUCCCUCCGUUCCAGCAAAGCUGUGCCCACGGAAAAUGGCAGCGCUCCCAAGCCGGAGGAGAGCUGCCAGGCCAAGAGAUCGCCUUCUUCGCCCCAGGGAGCGCCGAAGAAGAGGUCGGCCUUUGGAGACCUCACCAACGCCCACAAGAAUCAGCCCACACAGGGCAAGAAGGAAGUCGUCAAAGUUGCCCCCAAGAAGGCCCCGAGGAGCACUGCCAUCCCCGUUUCCAAGAACAAUGAGAUAAACUUGAAAAAGUCAACGAAGAAGACCUCUCCGGAGGAAGCACCUGUCUGCCCCGAGCCCGUGGUUAAGGAGGAUUCCGCGGCCGAUGAAAAGUCUGUGGUCCAGAAGUCUUCCCCGGCCCCGGGGAAGCCGGUACCAAUGCAGCAGGUGCCGGAGCUGGAGGAUGUGGACAAGGAUAAGGACGACCCCUAUGCCAACGCGGAAUAUGCCAAGGAUAUCUUCACUUACAUGAGGGAGAGGGAGGAGAGCUUCCCCCUCCCCGACUACAUGGAGAAGCAGUUUGACAUCAGCAGGGACAUGAGGGCCAUCCUCAUCGACUGGAUGGUGGAGGUGCAGGAGAACUUCGAGCUGAAUCAUGAGACCCUGUACCUGGCAGUGAAGCUGGUGGACCAUUACUUGGUGGAAGUGGUGACCAUGAGGGACAAGCUGCAGCUCAUCGGCUCCACUGCCAUCCUAAUAGCCUCCAAGUUUGAGGAACGCUGUCCGCCCUGUGUGGAUGACUUCCUGUACAUCUGUGAUGACGCUUACCAGCGGGAGGAACUGCUCGCCAUGGAGAUCAGCAUCCUCCAAACGCUCAAGUUCGACAUCAACAUCCCCAUCGCCUACCGCUUCCUGCGCAGAUUUGCCAAGUGCGCCCACGCCAACAUGGAGACGCUGACCCUGUCCCGGUUCAUCUGUGAGAUGACGUUGCAGGAAUACGAUUACGUCCAGGAGCGGGCCUCCAAGCUGGCUGCCAGCUGCCUCCUCCUGGCCCUCAAGAUGAAGAAGCUUGGAGGCUGGACCCCAACGUUGGAGUACUACAGUGGCUACUGCAGUUCGGAUCUCCAUCCCCUGGUCAAACGGCUGAACUUCCUGCUGACCUACCAGCACGACGACAAGCUCAAAGCCGUCCGCACCAAGUAUUCUCACAAGGUCUUCUUUGAAGUCUCCAAAAUCCCCGCCCUGGACAUGCUCAAGUUGGAAGAGGCUCUGAAGAGCUAACCCAAAGGGGAAGGAAAUUUCGGUGUGAGGCAGGUCGGCGGAGCCCGGUAGGAGGUGACCCCAGUGUACAUAGACUGUAUAUAUCUUUUGUGGUUUUCUCAUUUGCUCCUUCUCUUUUCCUCACCUUUUUUUUUCUGGCUGAGCCAAUGCUGUAAAUAUUUAAUUUUUUAUGAAGAUGGACUAUUCCCAGUGUUAGGAAUUAAAUAAGAAGAUGAUGAUGUUAAUAAAAAAUACACGAAGCUAUUGUAUUUCCCAUUCCCUCCUUCCUUCCUGUUCCCUUUCCCCAUCCCCGUUCCCAGUGGGGUGGAUGGUGGGCAGAACCCCACAUAUCCUGCCAGUGAGUGAUGGCCCCGAGGCCGGCCUCUGCCUCUCGCUUGGCCGCCAAGCAGCCAUUUUCCUGUAGGUGACGGGGGCAGAGUGAGGGUGACCUGACCCCUCAGCACUUCCUCUUUCCUAGGCUUCUGGCUCUUUAUUCCUUCUCCCCUUAA